AUGAAGGCGGUGGCAACCAUGGGGCCCAUCUAUGUUGCUAUAGAUGCAAGCCAUCUUAGCUUCCAGUUCUAUGAAGAUGGCAUUUAUGAUGAGCGACACUGCAGCAGUGUGGAUCUAGAUCAUGGCGUUCUGGGGGUUGGCUAUGGCUUUGAAGGAGAAGACUCAAGUAACAAUAAAUGUUGGAUUGUCAAGAAUAGCUGGGGUGAAGCUUGGGGCAAGAAGGGCUACAUAAAGAUGGCUAAAGUCUGGGACAACCACUGUGGAAUCACCAACGCAGCCAACUAUCCUACUGUGUGA